GACAAAGACAGACUGCGAAAACAACAUGCUCACUGAUUACGUGACGCAUCGUUAGCGUUGGAUUUGAGCGUCGCAUCAAAAGGCGCAAAUGCGCGACUAACAGCCGCAGCCGAACCCGCUCGAACUGCAGGUUAAAUACUUCGGGGGGUCUUGUUUGGAGGCGGGUCCAUCCCCGUCUUUUCUUUCAGUCUUUGCGCUGUUGGGGAAAGGCGGGGUCGACCGCUUCCCAAGCACUUACUAAAUACAGACUGCAAUGUCCUGGAGUGAAAUAUCUGCUAGCUGAAGCUGGACGCCUAUUCAAUGUGGGGAAAUCAAGGUGUCGGGAGCGUCUGGAAACCACCGGGAAAUAGGACAGCCCGUUAUAACAGACCUUAGGAAGGGCUCCGAAAUCUGCUGUUAUUCAGUUUUGUUUGGAUAAAAAAAAAUCAUAAGCAUAGAUAAUUAAUUGGCAUAAGGUGAAUAUUAGGUGGAAAUGAUGAAGGAAGUCAUUUUCUUCACGAAUAUUGUUCUGGCCUUACUGAUGAUGACAGCUUCAGCGUCCAAGCUGAAUGUGCCGCGACUACGCCUUUCAUACAAAGAUCUACUGGCCACCAACAGGUCCACCAUCUUCAGUGGUCAGUGGGGUUCUCUCAGCCUGAGCUCUGUGUUUCUGGAUGAAUACCGCGAUCGUCUUUUCCUGGGAGGCAAAGAUGUGCUGUACUCGCUACCUCUGGACCACACGUAUUCCGAUGCCAAAGAGAUCGCCUGGCCUCCACUUCCUGGAACUGAAGAGGGCUGUGUGCUGAAAGGCAAAGACUCCCAAACUGAGUGUGCCAACUACGUCCGCUUGCUGCAGCCGUACAACCGCACCCAUCUGCUGACUUGUGGCACUGGGGCCUUCCAGCCAAUGUGCACCUUUGUCUACGUUGGACACAGAGGAGAGCAUGUGUUCUCAAUGGACCCAUCCAACGUGGAAAAUGGUAGGGGGAAGUGCCCCCAUGAUCCAAGUCACCCCUUUGCCAGCACCUUCAUUGGUGGAGAGCUGUACAGCGGUCUGACAGCUGACUUCCUGGGUCAUGAGGCAGUGAUCUUCCGCAGUUUGGGCAGCCGCUCCACCAUGAGGACAGAGACGGACCAGCGGUUGCUGCACGACCCCAAGUUUGUGGCUGCUCACCUGAUCCCAGACAACGAUGACCGUGACAAUGACAAGGUGUACUUCUUCUUCACGGAAAAAGCCAUGGAGACCAGCGACAGAGCUGGGGCCAUUCACAGUCGGGUGGGGCGUGUCUGCGCAAAUGAUGCGGGGGGGCAGCGAGUCCUGGUGAACAAGUGGAGCACCUUCAUCAAGGCCAGGCUGGUGUGCUCCGUGCCUGGCCCGCAUGGCAUUGACACGCAUUUCGACGAGCUCGAGGACAUCUUCCUGCUCAAGACGAAGGACGAGAAGAGCCCGGAAGUGUAUGCUAUUUUCAGCAGUAUUAGCAAUGUUUUCCAGGGCUACGCAGUGUGUGUGUAUCGCAUGGCUGACAUCCGCGAAGCCUUCAAUGGCCCCUUUGCACACAAAGAGGGACCCGACUACCAGUGGGGGGCCUAUGAGGGACGGGUCCCCUACCCGAGGCCUGGGGUGUGUCCCAGUAAGAUAAUCAACCAGCCGGGUCGGCAUUUCUCCAGCACCAAGGACUUCCCGGACUCUGUGCUGCAGUUCAGCCGCAGUCACCCCCUCAUGUGGAGGCCCAUCUACCCUAUUCAGCGACAGCCCAUUCUGGUCAAGACCAACGUGGAGUACCGGCUGCAGCAGAUCGUGGUGGACCGGGUGGAGGCCGAGGACGGCCAGUACGACGUCAUGUUCAUCGGCACCGACAUUGGCACAGUGCUGAAGGUCAUUUCCCUGCGCACUGGAAAUUCUCUGAACACCGAAGAGAUCAUCUUGGAGGAGCUGCAGGUCUUUAAGGUGCCAACACCUAUAACCUCGAUGGAUAUCUCAGUUAAAAGGCAAUCUCUGUUUGUGGGCUCUCCGGCGGGUGUGGCCCAAGUCCGGCUGCACCACUGUGAGAUGUACGGCAAGGCGUGCGCCGAAUGCUGCCUGGCCCGCGACCCCUACUGCGCCUGGGACGGCACCUCCUGCACGCACUACAUGCCCCACAGCAAACGCCGGUACCGUCGCCAGGACGUGCGCCACGGCAACCCCGUCCUGCAGUGCGUGGACCAGAAUUCCAGCGUGGAUGAGCUGGACCCCAGCAAGGAGAGGGUGGUUUACGGCACCGAGAACAACAGCACGUUCCUGGAGUGUGUCCCACGCUCCCCCCAGGCGAGCGUCACCUGGCACAUCGAGCGGGAUGACCGAAAGGAGGAGGUCAAGACAGAUGAGCGCGUGCUGAAGACUGAGGAGGGGCUCUUGUUCCGCCGGCUGUCCCGUCAAGACGGGGGCGCCUACGUCUGCCGGUCCUGGGAGCACGGCUUUACACAGACGCUGGCCCGCAUCUCACUGGAGGUGCUGCCGGGGGAGACGCUGGGCGAGUUGCUGGCCAGGGAGGAGGGCACCGAGGUCCUGGGGAAGGACAGGGAGAAGGCUGGCUAUCGGCCGGGACCGCCCUGCUAUGCCCUGCGAGGCCCAGGCCGCAGCAGCUCCUGGUACAAGGAUGUUGUGCAGCUGAUCGGGCCGUCGGGCCUGUCGCACGUGGAGGAGUACUGCGAGCGCGUGUGGUGCAGCGACAAGCUCCGGCGCAAGCACAAGGGCGUCCUGGACAAGUACCGGCUGGCCCAGGAGAGCGGCCGCAAGAUGCGCAACAGGGCAUCAGGCGAGCGCAGCCGGACACCACGUGACCUGCACCAGCGGGAUUAGGUGCAUGGCGCCUGUACCACUGCGGAGGG